AUGCACCCCAUGCACCCCAACGCGUCCCUGGUGCUCCUGCUCGGGCUUCUUGGGCUCUCCGCCACCCUCGCGCACCCGCUCGGAUCGCACGACAGCCAUGCCGAGCACGGCCGGGCGCUUCCCGGGACGUGGUACCAAGCCCGGGACCACCCCGUCCACGAGCUGUUCAAGAAGGCGGGCGACGGCCAGAGCUAUGCCGCGGUCGGCAGCGACGCCUGGGUGGCCGCAUACCCCGAUCCGUGGACGACCCUGGACCCGGACGAGGUGCCCGCGGCGUGGGUGGCGGCGCUGGCGGCGGCGAGGGCAGCGGGGAAGAUCCCGGACAUCCCGGUGUCGACGCAGAACGGCGCGGGGACGAACCCGACGUACGGCGAUCUGGACCCGUCCUCGAAGGAGAUCUGCUCCUCGACGUACAAGGACUGUCACAACCCGGAUGACAUCUGGGACGCGCCCGACGGCGUCUUCGCCUCCUCCUUCGAUGACGGGCCGACCAGGUCCUCGAUGCAGCUCUACGACGCGAUCAUCGACACUCCCGACGCGUUCACCUACGCCUUCGAGACCCUCCAGAGCGACAUCGCUGUCCACACGUACACCCACCCAUACAUGACUACACUCAGCGACAAAGCCGUCCUCGGGGAGCUCGGCUGGACGAUGGAGCUCAUCCACAACUCCACCGGCGGCCGCCUUCCCAAGUACUGGCGUCCGCCCUUCGGCGACUCGGACGAGCGCGUGCGGGCGAUCGCCAAAGAGGUCUUCGGACUGACGACCGUCAUCUGGAACCAGGACACCGACGACUGGAGCAUCGGCCAGUCGGGCGGCGCGACCCGCUCCAAAGUGAACGCCAACCUCGCCAAGUGGAUCGAAGGCCCCAAGUCCCCAGGGCUGGUCAUCCUCGAGCACGAGCUCAACAACAACACCAUCGGCGCCUUCAUCCAGGCCUUCCCGCUCAUCGCCCAGAACGGCUGGAAGUUCGAGAGCCUCGCCCGCAUGGACAACGGCGCCGUCUACCAGAACGCGGCGGACUCGAAGCCCGACUCGCGCGUCGUGCCCGCGAGCGUCGCCCAGCCGCUCAAGCGCAGCUCGACCGCCUCGACCGCCGACACCAGCAGCCCCGCGUCCACCCAGUCCGCCGCCGCGAGCGCCAUCGCGAGCGUCGCCCCGAGCGCCGCCCCGUCCUUCGUUACCGGCGGGGCGGAGACGGGCGGGGCGGCAGCGCUCUCGUCAAUGUCCGGUCUCCUCGCCGCGUCCUGCAUCGUUGCAGGCGCGGCCCUCCUCCUCUGCUGA